AUGUCGCUGCUGGAGGAGCCUGUCCCCCAUCACGGGGCAGAGCAGGCGGAGGAGGAGGAGGAGGUGGAUGUGCUCCUGCUGCCGUUCAAGCCUGGGCGGCUGGACCAAAGCGGCUGCUCCAACUAUGACACCCCCAAUUGGGUCAACACGGGCCAGCCCCCCACCCGGGUGGACGAGACCCCCGAGGAUCCCACUCGCGACAGGACCAACAUGAUCGUCUACAUCAUCUGCGGUGUCGUGGCCAUCAUGGUGCUGGUGGGCAUCUUCACCAAGCUGGGCCUGGAGAAGGCACAGGGUCCCCAGACGGAGAUGACCGUCUCCAGGACACUGACGGACCUGCUGAAGCAGCCGGGCCACGGUCCCUCCGAGCACAUGGACGGCCUCAUGGGGGGCGUGCAGGUCCCGCUGGGCGAGGGGCUGGCCCGGGGCCCCCCCCGGAACAGCACAGACAAGCCGCCCUUGAACAACGCGGUGGUUAUUGCCCCCUCGCUGGGGCGGCCCCAUGGCCACGGCAAGCGCCUGCCGCUGGCCAGCAGCCUGGCCCUGCCAGCCCCUGCCUACACUGCCUACGCCACCCUCAAGGCCGGAGAGAGCGCCCCCGAGGACUUCUACAGGCGUUUCGGGGGGGCGGAGGUGCCCCCCACUGCCACCCUGCCCUUCCCGCCCACCGAGGCCCCCGUGCUGCCUGAGGGCUGCCCCCCAUCUGCGGCCAAGGCCAAGGGCCCCAAGCUGCCGGGGGGCCCAGCCUUCCCCCAGGGAUGGGAGGGGGGAGGGGGCACAUCCUGCUGGGGCCAGGAGGAGUCGGGCUGCACGGGCCUGACUGGGACGGGAAAGGACUGGGCUGCUGCCUGCAUCUAG